AUGCUGGUUGAAGGUAUUCCAUUGAGGGUGAAACUAGGCCAAAAUGCACUGGACGCAGUGACUCUGUUGCAAAUAGGGAAAGAGAUCAGUGGCGUUGAGCCCGUUCUCAAAAGCACAAGACGUGUUUUGGAGAAGACAAGAACUGUCGCACUGCAAAAGAGCGGAAGCGCAAAUCGCGAGUAUGAGCAGGAGGCUCUUGUGUAUGCUGCCAGAAAGCGGGCUGGCAUGGAUGCGUUUUUUAUCAAGGAGGAUGUCUUUCAUGAGUUUCAAGAAGUUUACUUGAGCAUUGUAGAGGAGGAGCGCAACGCGCGCCAUGGCAUGGAGUACCUUUACGCAGAAAUCAAAAAACGUGCCGUUGAGGUCCGUAGUGCGGAGUACUUCAUGGGCACCAAGUGUGUUUUUGAACGCUUCACUGUAGAGGAGGAGGCGCGGGAGAAAAAGGUGAAGAUGCUGCAGGAAUACAUGGGAUUCUUGGCUGCUUUGAGGUUUGUGGAGGAGGAGGCGCGGCAGGAGGCCAUACAGAAGGCGAAGCAACGGCGGCACUGGACGUUGCAGCAAACAGUCACUCACUCAAUGCCGCAGCCUCCGUUGGGAAAACCUAGCUGGAUGGCCACGCUUUUUGGUUGUCAGCAGGCCAAACCUCCUCAAGCACGCCCGCAAUACGCACCGCAAGAUUCGUCGCCUGCGGCACAGGCUCGUCCCUACAGGUUACCAGAUGCCUACCUUGAGUAUCGGCAGCAGCAGCAGCAGCAGCAGCAGCAGCAAAUGUCAUCGACUGGUUUUUACGCCUCCGUGCCCAGCGGGGGAAGCUCUUCUUACGGUACUUGUUUUGCUCCCCAUGUUCAGCCUGCGCCGCAAAGCAGUUUUGAACCGCAGUUCCAACCGGUUUCACAACCGCAGUGGCCGAGCACCGGUUGGACGAGCUUUUCACAAGGUGAACCAGGUCGAAAUCAGUAUCACGGUCUCUAG